ACGUCACAGCGAUCAGCCAUUUCACGUUUCCUUCACCCCUUGGGUGCCACUUCUGAAGGAUCCUUUGAUGGGUAGCCAUCCUCGUCCCGUUAGAGCUCUGGGAAGGAAGAAGGCAGAGAGACAGGGUCCGAGUGCCUGACCAAGCGAGGCUCCGGUCCAGCUCCAUGGCCCCAGGGGGCCAGCAGUAGAAGAUGGCAGGUGGAGGCCGUGAUCUCAGCUGCAGGCUGCUCACUGGGGACCAAAACCCAGGGGAGCAGAAUGUGGAGGAGCAGCUUCUCUAUGAGUUCAUUUUCAGGUUCUUCAAAGAAAAUAAGGUGGAGAUUGCAAGUGCAAUAAAGAAGCCAUUUCCCCUUUUUAUGUGCCUGCGAGACCGAGGCCUUCUCCCUGAACAGAUGUUUGAACAUUUUCAAGAAGCUUAUAUAAACCUGGUCCCCGUGGAGACAGUGGCAUAUAAAAUGCUCAGUGAACUGGAGAAGAGAUUUGACAAGACAGUUCUGGAGGUAUUGUUCAGCAAGGUGAACCUGGAGGCCUAUCCUGCUUUACUUGAGGUUUUCAGAAACUUCCAAAAUGCGAUUCAUGAGUACUUCAUUUACCCAGCUAUCAAUGAGGAAGAGACAAAGGAGAUACUUAACUCCCAACACAUCUGUGGACAAGAUGCCACCCUACCUGGAGCUGGAACUCAACAGUGUCUCAGUAAUGGACAGCAGAUAAGUACAAAGGAAGAAGCUCCACCUCUUAACCCAAAUAUUUCAAUAAAAAUCCAGGACAUGACAAAUGAACCUGCCCAAGAAUCUCAACAAGCAGUGUGUUGUAAAUACUCACCUGUCCACAUGAAUGAUGUAAGAGGGACAGAAGAUAGGCCCAGCUUAUUGCCACAUGAUGGACAGGCCAUAAAUUCAGAUGUCCUUGGGAUUUCAUUUUCUUCUGAAGAGGACAGCAAGGCCAGCUGUAUGACUUGUGAUGGAAAACAGCCUCGGGAAGCCUUGAAUUCCCCACCAACAUAUGAGCCAGUUUCCUGUAAGCAUGAAGACCUCCAAAGGACUAGUGGUGAUGAUUCUGAAAAGAUACCCAAACUGCUACCAGUUAAUGGGGGAGUGUUCUUCGGACUUGUAGAUCUACAGAUGGAUAGAGCAGGAGAAUCAGAAGAAAUGCCCACCUUACUGCCUUAUGAUGGAGAAGUGACCUGUGAUUUUGAAGUUUCAGAGAUGACUAGCCUAGAAGUAGACAAGGUGCUCAGCUUCCUACCUGCUGAAGGAGAAGAGGACAGCAAUGUCUGUUGGGAUCUCAGUGACGGAGAAGAGCUCCAGGAGACCUUGAGCUCCCCACCCAGAGGUGAGCCAGUGUCCUAUGAACCUGAAGCUCCUCAAAUGACCAAAGAGAAACCAGGCAAGGUGUCCAGCCACCUACUAUGUAAUGAAGAAGUAGCUGGUGAACUAGAAGCUCCCCAAGUGGGAGGCGAAGGAGAAUCUGAAGAGCUUACCUCUAGCCUACUAACCUGUGAUGAACAAGAAUCAGAGCCAGCAGCACAUGGAAAUGAGAUGUGUUCCUGCGUUAUGUGCUUCUCAAAAGAUGUGCCAGGAGGUGAGGAGCCAAGCAGUGGAAGGAGUCAAGAUCCUGUGGAUCUUGGAAACAACUCUACUUUGGGAAAACUCAAGAAAAAAAGAAGAAAAUAUAAAAGGCAUGCCUGGACAAGAUAUAGAAGGAGGCGGCAGAGAAACAUACAUCAAGGAGAUUCAGAGCUACCAGCACAUGGAAGUGACCAGUGUUCCUGCGUUAUGUGCUUCUCAAAAGAUGUGCCAGGAGAUCUGGAGCCACGGACUGAAAGGAGUCAAGAUACUGUGCAUAUUGGAAACAACUCUACUUUGGGAAGACCCAAGAGGAAAAGAAGAAAAAAGAAAGGACAUGCCUGGACAAGAUAUAGAAGGAAGCAGCAGAGAAACAUACAUCAAGGAGGGAAAAAGAGAGGCAGACCUAGAAUCCACUUAAAUAGUACCAACAGAACCCUAAGGAAAGGAGUCCUGUCAAGACGCAAGAAAAGGCCAAGAACGCGCAGAGAUAACACUGUGGAUUUUCACUCUGAAAUAAUUCCUGUGACCUGUGGACAUAUGAAAGGGAUGUUAUAUAAGGAGAAAUUGAAACAAGGAGUCAUGAGGAAGUGCAUACAGAGUGAGGAUGGACAUUGGUUCACUCCCGGAGAAUUUGAAAUCGAAGGAGGCUGUGCAAGAUGGAAGGCCUGGAGGAGGAGUUUGUACUGCGGCAGGAGAACCCUAGGAUGGCUGAUGGAGAAAGGAUUUCUCUACAAUCCUCCAAGAAUAUAUGGAAGGAGAAAAAAGCAGAGAAUAUCAAACUCUCACAACAGUAUCUCAGCUGACCUGUGUCUGAAUAACUCAGACGUAUGUGAGAUCUGCCUGGAUGGAGGAACACUCUUCUGCUGUGACACAUGUUCCAGAUCCUUUCAUGAGGACUGUCACUUUCCUCCUGUGGAGACUGAGAGGAGCCCGUGGAGUUGCAUCUUCUGCAGGAUAAGGGAGUUUUCAGGAAGUCAGCAGUGCAUCAGGGAAUCUGAGGUUCUGGCAAGGCCGAUGGGGCCUGAGGAACAGCUGAAAUGUGAGUUCCUCCUCUUGAAAGUAUAUUGCCAUCCAGAGAGCUCAUUUUUUGCGAAGAUUCCAUAUUAUUAUUAUAUCAAAGAAGUUUCUCAAAACCUAAGGGAACCUAUGUGGUUGGACAAAAUCAAGAAGAGGCUAAGAAAGAGGUGUUACUCCAAAGUGGAGGAGUUUGUGCGGGACAUGCGCCUCAUCUUUGAGAACCACAGGGCAUCAUACAAGUACAAUGACUUUGGCUUAAUGGGCCUUAGACUGGAGACGGAAUUUGAGAAGACUUUCAAGGAAGUGUUUGCUAUUCAGGAAACAAAUGGAAGCAGUUCACCGGUAUACUGAAUGCUGCUGGUACAGCAGGAAAUCACCCUUGGGGGCCGACUUGUCAUUUUGUGGCUGCUGUGAGGGUUGGCUGCCAAUCUACCUCUGAGUGGCAUGACUCAUGCUCCCCACCCAGCUCAGGCUGGAGCUAGUCCCAGCUGUGACCAGAUCCUCGCUUAGCUUUCCACCAUGCUAUCCUGCUUCCCUGACCGCUCCUUCUCCUGAGAGAUUUCUCACAAUAAAUGACUGACUGAAGGGA